GGUGUAGCAGAGUAAGAUGGACGGUAGCUUCGAUUGUGAUUGUGGUGAGCUGGAGCCGCCUGAUCACUGACAAAGGCCACCUGCUGCCACCAACAGCCAGGGCUUCCUGUCGAAACAGACAGCGACCGGGAAGGACGAAGCCGCCGGACAGCGUGUCCGGCUCCGCGAACGAUGCUGCUCAGGGCCAGUCCAACACUGAAUGUACCUGCACUGUGAGGAGAUGCCUCGACGCCGGUCGUGUGCAUAUUUAUUCACACUUCUGUUAAAUGUUCAGUCGUUCAGCAUGGUAGAUCUGAGUGCAUAGUAUGUCAUUUCAUUACGUUUGGGUUUCCUGAGUGUUUUUUUUAAAUGUCUGCAGAGUUGCUGCCCCUUUCUUGAACUAGGGUUACUGCGAUCUCUUUCAAUCCUCGACAUGAGUAGGGCUUUGUGAGCGUCACCCCGCGGGAGCUCUCGGCCUGGUAGGCACAGGCGAUGAAUGUCAGGAAGUCAUCGUGUUGGAAAGCGUGACCCUUCCUCCCCUCCCUUGUGAGAGGCUUUCCCUGGAUGCCAGUCUCUCCCUUGUUUACACAGGCGCACUAGCUGGAAAGGAGAAGGCAGUAGUCAGGGUUUCACUAUGGCAGAGAAGUUCGAAAGUCUCAUGAACAUUCAUGGUUUUGACCUGGGCUCUCGGUACAUGGACUUAAAACCAUUGGGCUGCGGAGGCAACGGCUUGGUGUUUUCUGCUGUCGACAAUGACUGUGACAAAAGAGUGGCCAUCAAGAAGAUUGUCCUCACCGAUCCCCAGAGCGUCAAACACGCUCUCCGGGAAAUCAAAAUCAUCCGCCGGCUCGACCACGACAACAUAGUGAAGGUGUUUGAGAUCCUGGGCCCCAGCGGCAGCCGGCUGGCCGACGAGGUGGGCUCGCUCACGGAGCUGAGCAGCGUGUACAUCGUGCAGGAGUACAUGGAGACGGACCUGGCCAACGUGCUGGAGCAGGGGCCCCUGCUGGAGGAGCACGCGCGGCUGCUCAUGUACCAGCUGCUGCGCGGCCUCAAGUACAUCCACUCGGCCAACGUUCUGCACAGGGACCUCAAGCCGGCCAACCUCCUCAUCAACACGGAAGACCUGGUGCUGAAGAUCGGGGACUUCGGGCUCGCCCGCAUCAUGGACCCGCACUACUCCCACAAGGGUCAUCUUUCGGAAGGACUGGUCACUAAAUGGUACAGAUCUCCACGUCUCUUGCUGUCCCCUAAUAACUACACUAAAGCCAUUGACAUGUGGGCUGCGGGCUGCAUCUUUGCCGAAAUGCUGACUGGUAAAACCCUCUUUGCAGGUGCACAUGAGCUAGAGCAGAUGCAGCUGAUCCUGGAGUCCAUCCCUGUGGUGCACGAGGAGGACCGGCAGGAGCUGCUGAGCGUCAUCCCCGUCUACAUCCGGAGUGACAUGACCGAGCCGCACCGGCCCUUGACACAGCUGCUGCCGGGAAUCGGCCGAGAAGCCUUGGACUUCCUGGAGCAGAUCCUGACCUUCAGCCCCAUGGACCGGCUGACGGCGGAGGAGGCCCUGUCCCACCCGUACAUGAGCAUGUACGCCUUCCCCACCGACGAGCCCAUCUCCAGCCACCCCUUCCACAUCGAGGACGAAGUGGAUGACAUUCUGCUCAUGGACGAAACUCACAGCCACAUUUACAACUGGGAACGGUACCAUGAUUGUCAGUUUUCAGAGCACGAUUGGCCCAUACACAACAACUUUGACAUUGAUGAAGUUCAGCUGGACCCCAGAGCCCUGUCUGACGUCACUGAUGAGGAAGAAGGGCAAGUGGACCCUCGGAAGUACUUGGAUGGAGACCGAGAGAAGUACCUGGAAGACCCUGCUUUUGAUGCCAGCUACUCUGCCGAGCCUUGCUGGCAGUACCCGGACCACCAUGAGAACAAGUACUGUGAGCUGGAGUGUGGCCACACUUGUAACUACAAAGCGCGGUCGUCGUCGUACUUAGAUAGCUUGGUCUGGAGGGAGAGCGAGGUGAACCAUUACUAUGAGCCCAAACUUAUCAUAGAUCUUUCCAACUGGAAGGAGCAAAGCAAGGAGAAGCCCGACAAGAAGGGCAAGUCCAAGUGCGAGAGGAAUGGGUUAGUGAAGGCCCAGAUAGCACUGGAGGAGGCGUCCCAGCAGCUGGCGGAGAAGGAGCGGGGCAAGGGCCAGGGCUUUGAUUUCGAUUCCUUUAUCGCAGGAACUAUUCAGCUCAGUUCACAGCAUGAGCCCGCCGAUGUCGUGGACAAACUGAACGACCUGAAUAGUUCUGUGUCCCAGCUAGAGUUGAAGGGGCUACUCCCCAAGUCAGUGAGCCGGGAGAAGCAGGAGAAGGGCAUGGCCAACCUGGCCCAGCUGGAGGCGCUGUACCAGUCGUCCCGGGACGGCCCGUUUGGGGGAGGCGGGGAGGAGCGGUUCCUCAUCGACCAGUUCUGCUGCGAGGUGAGGAAGGACGAGCAGGUGGAGAAGGAGCACUCGUACACCAGUUACCUGGACAGGUUCUUCAGCAGGAGGGAGGAUGCCGACCUGCUAGACGCGGAGCCGGCUGAGGCUGGGAGCCGGGGGGAGCGGGGCGGCGGGGAGGGCUUUGUGCUGAGCAAGCAGCUUGAGUGCAGGGGCCUCGCGCAGCUGCACAGCCCCGCGGGGUCCCCCCGGAAGGCAGUGCCGGCCGGGAAGGCGUCCCCGCACGUGCCCCCACGGACCUACAGCCGCAUCCUGAGACAUCUGAACUAAACACUCAGCAGACCUUUCUGUGUUCCUCAUGAAAUGCGUCUUGUCUUUUUUAUUCCUAGUGUUUAAGUCAUUUUUUUACUUGAAUCAGAUGGUGUCCUUUAGUAAGGAUUUUAUCAGUUCUCGGUUUUUAAAAAUCCAGACUUUUUUUCUACAUGUGAGAUCGUUUUCAUUUUACCUGGCAUGUCGUUUGCACACAAAGAAUCGAGCAAAUAAUGCAAUGCAGGAAGAGAAAAGAAAUGCACUAAGACCAGUAAACACAUUCUCUCCUAGAACAGUGAUCUGUUUUACAGGAACAAAACUCUUGCCUUGAAAUUUACACAGUGAGACUGUACAGAACUGCAUGGAAAUAUCUAUUUUUUUCCUAAAACAUUUUUCAUCCAUUAGUAUUUUCAAGUUUUUCAUACUGUACACAUUUCUUAAAACACAUGAUACCAGCAGCAACUGAAAAUGAAUGCCGAAUUUGGUACACAUGUGUUAUCUACCUCAAGGUAACAGACGUAUGUGGCGAAACCCUCACGACCCAUAGUGCUUCACGGUGUGGCUUGUGCUCAGCCAGCGCCCACGCGGGAGCCAUUUGUUCUCGAAACCGUUCGUGUCUGUGCGCGUCCUGGUGUUCAUUCUUUGGAGUGAAGUGUUGAUACAUCACAUCUUAUUUAUUUUAGCAAAGCAGUAUAUUUUCUGUAUUUAAUGAUAAAAGUUAACUUAGUUUUUAAAGGUUUAUUUGCAACUACACUUUAUGCAUUUGGCACUAUGGUUUGUCGCCUCUGUAGCUGAAGUCGUCCGUCAGCUUCGCCCAAGGCUGUCUCCACGUACUGAAGUGUUCGUUUGACAUAAGUACUCACUGUGUAUAGGAAUUUGUAUUUUGGAGGUGCUUGAUCUAUCUACAAAGAAAAAAUUAGGAAUUACUUUAUUACAAAAUGCUCCUAGAAGUCUUAAUUGUGUUUAUUUUUUAAAAAGGUGUAAUGUUAGACUCGUGUGCAUGGAAGUAAUUAAGGUACAUCAUUAUUGUAGUUUAACAGUUGUACAUGGUAAGACACUUUCUGUUUUUACUGUAUGUUUUUACUGAAUGACCUACUCCUUGUCCCAAGGCAAGCAUGAAUAAAAUUAGGUUCAGUGUAGCAUGUGGCAUCUCAGUCUCUUAACCUUUGUUUCAUCUGUUUUAUUUUCCUGAAUACUGUCUGUAUCCUUGGCUAAAUAAAACUUGCCCGGCA